GUGUUCACAAACAACACCUCUCUCUCUCUCUCUCUCUCUCUCUCUCUCUCUCUCUACAAUUGAGUGUUUCAAACCCUAGAAAAAGAAAGAGAAAAUAUUAGGGCAUAAGCCUCAGCUAGCUUUCUUAUCUUGUUGAUGUUUGUUCCAGCAUAUACACAAACUAUUCAAUCCAUCUCUUUAACUAGGGUUUUCUGAUGCUACUACUGUUCUUCAUCCACACUUAAAGAUUCUGGUUCUAUAUACAAACAUGUUGACAUCAGCUUCGGAACUCAGUCUUGAAUGCAAACCACACAGCUACUCCAAUAUCCUCUUGAAAACAAUGGGUGAUCAACAAGUUAGUACCAACGGAAAUGAUCAAACCGAAAAGCUCGAAGAGUUCCUAUCUCGUCUUGAAGAAGAAAGACUCAAGAUUGAUGCUUUCAAACGUGAACUUCCACUUUGCAUGCAACUCCUCACCAAUGCCAUGGAGUCAUCAAGGCAACAAUUACAAACUUACCGGGCGAACCAAAGUUCGCCCGUACUUGAAGAAUUCAUACCUAUGAAGAAUUCUAACGGUUCGGGGCCUGAAAAGGCCUCGAAUUCUAGCAUUGACAACAAGGCAAAUUGGAUGACAUCCGCGCAGUUGUGGAGCCAAGCGGGCAAUACCGUCGGCACCACUAUCACCACCAACACAGCCACGAAUGAUCAUUUGAAAACCACACAAAAUAAUGCAACAUUUACAACACCAAAUGAAACCGAUAUUAACUUCAACACUAAACAAAGAAAUGGUGGAGCUUUUCUCCCAUUUUCUAAGGAGAGAAACUCAUCGUGCUCGACUCCGACAGUAGUGUUGCCGGAAUUAGCUCUUUCCUCUGGUGAAAAAGAUGUUGAUCAUGAAGAAAACAAGAGUUGUGUGAGGGAGAAUAGUUCAAUUAAAGGUGGUAGUGGUGAAGUUAAUGAUCAAACCACCAUGAACACCACCACAACCGCCUCCGGAACCGCCACGAGCUCUCAGACACAUCGGAAAACACGACGGUGCUGGUCGCCGGAUCUCCACCGGAGAUUUGUCAAUGCUCUUCAGAUGUUAGGUGGUUCUCAAGUUGCAACUCCUAAACAAAUCAGAGAGCUCAUGAAAGUUGACGGUUUGACCAAUGAUGAAGUCAAAAGCCAUUUACAGAAAUAUAGACUUCAUACAAGAAGACCAAGUCCAACCCCACAAGCCGCCGGCACCGCCACACCGCAGCUGGUGGUUCUCGGCGGCAUAUGGGUCCCACCCGAAUACGCCGCCACCGCCGCCGGAGCACAAACCCUUUACACCACCCACACCAACCCACAUUAUGCCACUCAUCAAGAAUUCUACUCUAGCUCCGUCAUGCCACCGCCGCACCACCACCACCCCACCGCUGACGGCAACCACCACCAUAAUAUUCACAUGUACAAACCCUCCUCCCAAACCACACAAAGCUUGCAAGAGUCCGGAAGCAGAGGCGGCGGCACCGCCACUGUUGGUGGCAACCGGUCGGAGAGCAUCGAAGACGGGAAGUCGGAGAGUGGAGGCAGCUGGAAGGCGGAGAGUGGUGGCGACACAAAGGCAUUGAUGUUAAGGGAAGAAUGUGAAGAAAGUAAUGGAAGUGAAAUAACCCUAAAGUUCUAGAGUUUAUGUAAUAAGUUAAGUAUUCAUUAGGUAAUUUAUUAUUAUUUAGUAUGAUGAUAUGAUUAGUUUAUUAAUUAAAAUUUAUUAAUAUAUAGGGUAAUUAAAGUGGAUGUUGCUAUGAAAUUAGUUAUUGAGAUUUUACAUAUAGAUUGAGGGGUAAAAAGGGUAUAAUGAGAAGUGGCAGUUUGUUUGGUUUGGUUGGUUUUCUUUUCAUCAACAUUUGUAUCUUUUUUUAGAUUUUUUCUAAUGAUUAAAGUAUAAAUAUUGGACUCUA